UGUGUCUCGCACUGUCUCAGAGCAACGUCUUUUUCGCACUAUCCAUGGAAAAAGGAACCAGAGUCUUGUUUAAACCAGGGUAGGGCCUGUUCUCCUUUCCAUGCCAAAUCCCCAGACGAUGUUGAAUUAUGAACGUGCCACAUCAUGAGUCUCUUGUGGCAGGUAACUGUGCACCAUACCUGGAAUGCUGCCCUGCUUUUUGUAGUCUACCUCAUGGUGCGAGUGUUAAGUCUAUGUGCCGCCUCAGUGGGACCACAGAGCUGCCCGGUGGUCUGCUCCUGCAGUAACCAGUUCAGCAAGGUGGUGUGUACUCGCCGCGGCCUCACCAAGGUCCCCUCGGGCAUCCCCUCCAACACACGGUACCUCAACCUGAUGGAGAACAGCAUCGAGAUGAUCCAGGCAGACACAUUCCGCCAUCUCCACCAUAUGGAGAGGCUGCAGCUGGGAAGGAAUGCUAUCCGGCAGAUUGAGGUCGGCGCCUUCAAUGGUCUGACCAGUCUGAACACCCUGGAGCUAUUUGACAACCGGCUCACUGUCAUACCCAGUGGCGCUUUCGAAUACCUGUCCAAACUGCGUGAGUUAUGGCUCAGGAAUAACCCCAUUGAGAGCAUACCCUCCUAUGCUUUCAAUCGGGUGCCCUCCUUAAUGCGCCUGGAUUUGGGGGAACUGAGGAAACUGGAGUACAUUUCAGAUGGUGCUUUUGAGGGAUUGUACAAUUUAAAAUACCUUAAUCUUGGAAUGUGUAACAUCAGAGAAAUGCCCACUCUGUCCCCGUUAGUUGGGCUGGAGGAGCUGGAGAUUUCGGAAAACCACUUUCCAGAAAUUAAACCUGGAUCUUUUCGGGGACUGAAAUCCUUGAAAAAGCUCUGGAUUAUGAACUCCCAGAUCAGCCUAAUAGAACGUAAUGCUUUUGAUGAUGUCACAGCAUUGAUGGAGCUCAACCUGGCCCAUAACAACCUUAGCUCCUUGCCCCAUGACCUUUUUACACCUUUGCGGUACCUGGUGGAGCUACACUUGCACCAUAACCCCUGGAAUUGCAACUGUGAUGUGGUGUGGCUUUCCUGGUGGCUGAGAGAGUACAUCCCCACAAACUCCACCUGCUGUGGCCGCUGCCACUCGCCAGCCCACAUGCGGGGCCGCUACCUGGUGGAGGUGGACCAGACCACCUUUCAGUGCUCUGCACCUUUUAUUGUAGAUGCACCACGGGAUCUGAACAUCUCGGCAGAACGUGUGGCUGAGCUAAAGUGCCGCACGGCACCCAUGUCAUCUGUUCGGUGGUUACUGCCCAAUGGCACUGUCCUGACUCAUGGGUCCAACCAUCCGCGGAUAUCUGUGCUCAAUGAUGGGACACUCAACUUCUCCAACGUGCUGCCCUCUGACACAGGGAUUUACACCUGCAUGGUGACCAACGUGGCAGGGAACUCCAAUGCCUCAGCCUAUCUCAAUGUCAGCAACGCAGAGCUCAACACAUCCAACCUGAGUUACUUCACUACUGUCACUGUGGAGGUCGUUGAGCCCCCUUCUGAGGAGACACCUAAGCCCAAAAUGGUGACUGCCUCACCUUCCGUCUUUCAACCAGUGUUCAUAUCGACACCCACUGUCCUCCUGGAGAACACCAAGACACCAGAGCAGGUGUCUGUUCCAACCACCAAAGGCACAGAAAAACCCCCCACGAGCUUGGACGAGGUCAUGAAGACAACCAAGAUCAUUAUUGGCUGCUUUGUUGCAGUCACCCUGUUGGCGGCAGUCAUGCUGAUUGCUUUUUACAAACUGCGCAAGCGCCACCAGCAGCGAAGCACAGUGGCAGCCACAAGGACUAUAGAGAUCAUUCAAGUGGAUGAGGACAUGGGCAGGGCAGCCUCCGCCACAAGUAUACCGGGAGAGGGGGCAGUAGUGCUAUCUACCAUCCGAGAUCACAACAAUACCUACAAUACCUACAAGGCCAACUACAACACCUACAAACCAGCACAUGGGUCCCACUGGACGGGAAACAACAUAAGCAACUCUCUUCACCGACCCAGGCCCCGGCCUAUAACGACUAUCCCAGAGCACUACAUAACAAAAACUCAAAAAAAAGAGAAGGUACAGGAAACACAGAUUUAACAUUCCCAUACCCUUCUAUUUCCUGUUAAAAAUGCAAUAGAAUGCACAAAAAGACAGUAAAUUUUGUACAGUGUGCAAAACUAAGACUGUUUUCUUGUACAUGCUUAUACAUAAAACCUAUAAAUAUAAAUAUAUAUGAAAGAUAAAACAAUCUACUUUGGGCUGGUAAGAGAACAUUAUAUAAAAAAUACAUUUAAACUAUUUUGUAACUUGUAACUUUAUUUAAAAAUGCGAGCUGUUAAGAUGUGAUGAUUUUGAGAAAUGAGGGUGAAUCUGUUUGAAAAAGGGCAUUCUAUAAUUUUUAGACAAUGCUAUCUAGGAUGCAGUGAAUUCUUAUUUAUACAGAGAAGACUUUCUAAAGAAGAGCCCCAAAUUUAACUUUACAGGUUUAUCUUGUAAAAACACCAAGAAUUUGUACUGUGCCAAAAGUUACAAUUGCAAUAAAGGAUUUUUUGGAAGAAAAAAAGGAAAAUUUAACAACCUUUUUCCAGUUGAAAGUGAAAAUAAGCAUA